AUGUCGGUCAAUCCCGCACCCACGCCCUCGCACGAGGUCAAGACGGUGCUGAUCGCCAUCCACGAUUUCAACAACCGGUCGGAGGACGAGCUGACGUUUGUGUCCGGCGAGCAAAUCCAGGUGAUUGAAAACGACUUUGAAUUCAAAGACGGUUGGUACAUUGGCAAGCGGCUCAUCACGGGCGCCACGGGCCUGUUUCCACGCGUCUUUGCGUCCACCGUGGACGAGCUCAUGGACGCGGACGUCCAGCCGGGCCAGCAGCUUCCUUCUUCGGGCCCCACAACUCCCGCAGGCUCGAAUCCAAGCUCACGGGUCGUUUCGCAAUCACAGCAAUCGCCAUCGGUCACAAAGACGCUCACAGACAUCGAUGAGGUGCUUUCGGAGCUCAACAACCACACAAGCCAGCUGUCGGUGACCAAGAAGGCGUCGGCCAACGGAGGCGAGCUGGACCCAGCACGCGUCAUGUCGUGGACGCCGAUACAGGUGGCAAGAUGGUUCGAGAACCGGGGCUUUGAGCCGGCCAUCCCCAAGCUCUUUGUCGAACACAAGAUAUCAGGUGCCAUCCUCACCGAGCUCGAGCUGCAACAUCUCAAGGAGCUGGACAUCACGUCGUUCGGCACGCGGUUCGAGGUGUACAAGGAGAUUGAGAAGCUGCGGGGCGAUCCCAUGUCGCCGCGGCCAACCAGUGGCAGUACCAACCGACGCUCCUCCACCGCAUACGUGUCGCCUAAGAAGGGUCAUAUGCGGAAACGGUCCCAGUCUCUGGACAAUCUUGAUUCUCCUAGACUGAAUAGCGAGUUUCCAAUUUCGUCGCCUUCCACCGCUACACCCAGCACGGAGUUUGCUAUCCCCCAAGGAGGCACUAUUGACGACUUUGGUUUUGAAGAGGGACAGCCCCAGCAACCACCAUCACAGCGACUGUCUCAGUCACAACGACAAUCACAGUCUGAGCCCCAGACACAGAGGAGUUCGGUACACGACCCUCGCCUGUCUGCAUCGCAGCAACAGCAAUCUCGAGGACGGUCAUCAGCCAACGUGUCUAACAACAGCUCACGUCAAUCAGUUACAGAGCCUCCCAAACACGAUCUUCCCGAGUUGCCGCGCAAGACGCAGCAGCCACCAGAGGGGGCUGUCGAUUCACGCAAAUCUAAGGAAUCCGUUCGGGAUUUCCCCCGCAAGUCUCGUGAGUCGCAACGUCCUCCCCUCCAGCACGCCCACUCGUCGCACUCGACGCCACAUUCGGUCAUGGACUCGCCCCAGCUGCACCGCCACCCCUCGGCGGGGCAUUCUCUCUCAUCUGAGAACGCCACUCAUUUGGACUCGGACUCGCUGUCGUCAUCCCCAGAGCCGAAAUCGAGAUCGUCGCGACGAUCUUCUCUUCUUGACGCGGUCAUGAACGCCCCCUUGAGUCCUUCCAAGCGUUCUGGGCGAGAAGUAGGCUCCUCAGAUCCCGAUCUCACUCUGUCGCCCAUCCAGCACCAGAAAGAGCAGCGUCCAGAGGCCAUGCCCACUCCUCCCACACCCAAGAGAACCGGCAGCGGUCCCUUCAGAACGCUCCGAAAGACUCCCUCGGCCUCCAACAUGCGGUCCAAGAGUCUCAGCUCGAAGCAGAAGACGUCGGCCUUCCGAGAAGGUAUCAAGCACGUGAAUCCCCGCGAGGCUGCCAAGAAGGCCGACUUUUCGGGCUGGAUGUCCAAGAAGGGUUCUCAGAGCGUGGGCACGUGGAAGCAACGGUUCUUCUGUCUCACAGGCACCCGGCUGUCGUACUUUGCAUCUCUUAACGACACCUACGAGCGAGGACUAAUUGACCUGACGGCCCACAAGGUGGUUCCUGCACGUGACAAUGAAGACAAGCUGGUGGCUUUGUAUGCAUCGGGCACAGGAGCAGGUAGAUACUGCUUCAAGCUGUUGCCGCCGGCUCCUGGGUCCAAAAAGGGACUCAUGUUCACUGUCCCCAAGGUGCACUACUUUGCGGUGGACACCGCGGAAGAGAUGAAGGGAUGGAUGAAUGCAUUUCUCAAGGCCACCAUUGACCGAGAUGAUACAGUUCCUAUUGUGUCGUCGUGUGUGACUCCUACUGUGACACUGAAUCGGGCCCAGGAGAUGCUGCAGGAGUCACACAAGAACAUGGCGUUGUUGCAGAGCCAGCUGGAUGCCAACGGAGGAGACAUCGAGGCUGCUGAACAGGCUAUUGGCAUCAAGACUCCUCCCAUGUACAGUGACGAGUUUACGGUUCCCAAUGGUGGAGUGACGCGUAAGAAGUCGAUGGUCAUUUCCCCCACCUCACCGGCGUCCUCUUCCAUGCAGUCGCCGAAGAGUUAUCAGACUGCGAGUCCGCAGGUUCCAGAUAUGCCCAGUAUUGAGGGCAGUUUACAGGACUAA